AUGGCACAGCCGGUGCCUCAUCAGGCGACGGACAAGAGGCGCGUCAAGGUCUACGAGCUUCGCAACAAUGACUGGUUUGAUCGCGGCACCGGCUUCUGCACCGCGACCUUUGCGACUACUGAAGAAGGCCGCAAGGACCCUCGCGUCAUCGUAGAGUCCGAGGAUCAACCCGAGCGCCUGCUACUGGAAACAAAGAUCCAUAAGGAGGAUGGAUUUCAGAAGCAGCAAGAGACUCUCAUCGUGUGGCAAGAGCCCGGCAGUGGCGUCGACAUGGCCCUCAGUUUCCAAGAGGCCGAGGGCUGCGCCUUGAUAUGGCGAUUCGUCAGUAAUGUUCAACAAGCGCUCCAGAACAAUACGGCCAUUGUUGAAGACGGCCUCUCCGACGACCUCGCCAUGGAGGUCCCCGCCCCCGUCAGCCUGCCCGCCGCCGACCUGGGAAACCUGGCCGAGAUGGAGUCGAGCAUGCGAAUCAUGACGUCGACUGCAAACGGUCGCGACGCUCUGGCCAAGGCCAUCAUGGCCGAGGAUUACAUCGGCAAGCUCAUCCCUCUCGUCGAGAUGGCCGAGGACCUCGAGAGCCUUCCCGACCUGCAUCGCCUGUGCAACAUCAUGAAGACCAUUCUCCUCCUCAACGACACCACCAUCAUCGAGCAUGCCGUGUCCGACGAGUGCGUCCUGGGCGUUGUCGGCGCAUUGGAGUACGACCCGGACUUUCCAAGCCACAAGGCCAACCACCGCCACUGGCUCGACAACCAAGGCCGCUACAAGGAGGUGGUCCCCAUCGAGGACGAGCAGACGCGCCAAAAGAUUCACCAGACCUACCGCCUGCAGUACCUAAAAGACGUUGUCCUUGCCCGAAUCCUCGACGACCCCACGUUUUCGGUCCUCAACUCCCUGAUCUUCUUCAACCAAGUCGACAUCGUCCAGCACUUGCAGUCCAACUCGGCCUUUUUGAGCGAGCUCUUUGGCAUCUUCAACGCCCGCAGGCGAGACCAAAAGAAGAGGAAAGAGGCCGUCCUCUUUAUCCAGCAGUGCUGCGCGAUUGCCAAGAACAUACAGCCGCCCGCUCGCCAGACGCUGUACAACAACUUUAUCGCCCAUGGGCUGCUUCAGGUUAUCCACUUCGGUCUGAGGCACAACGAUGUUGCGGUGCGAGUCGGAGCUACGGACAUUAUGAUUUCCAUCAUCGAUCAUGAUCCCCACAUGAUUCGGCAAACUAUUUACCGCCAGAUGCACGAGAACCAGUCAGGGCUGACCGACUCCCUGAUCGAGCUCCUCCUCGUCGAGGUCGACUUGGGCGUCAAGUCUCAGAUCUCCGAGGCGCUCAAGGUGCUGCUGGAUCAGGGCAUGGUGGCUCAGGCACCAGAGCACUUCCCCAAGGUCAAUGGCGAAUUCACGGGGCGGCUGAGACCGCAGCCGUCGCUGGACCCCCAGCAGGAGCUGUUCCUGACGCGGUUCUACGAGCGGUCCGCGCUGAAGCUCUUCCAACCCCUCGUCGACCUGGAGAACCGUACAGACAUGAACUUUACGGCGCAGCAAGCCUCCAUGUUUACCUAUCUCGUCGAUAUUCUGUGCUUCUUCGUUCGCCAGCAUCACCGAUUCAGCAGGUAUUUCGUUUUGAACAACAACAUUGCCGCCCGAGUCUGUCAACUUCUCAGAAGCUCCGAGAAGUAUCUACGUUUGGUUUCGAUCCGGUUCAUUCGGUAUCUUGUCGGUCUUCAGGAAGAAUUCUACAUGAAACAUUUGAUGGACAAGCAGAUCCUCGGCCCCAUCCUCGACGUCGUCAUUGAAACGCUGCCGCGCGACAAUCUUCUCAGCUCUGCAUCGAUGGAGCUUUUCGAGCAUAUCAAGAAGGAGAACAUCAAGGAAUUGGUCAAGCACCUCGUGGCCAACUAUCGGGAGCGCCUGGUCAGCUUGAGCUAUCUGCCUACAUUUCGCGACAUUGUCUUGCGAUAUGACCAAACCCAGGGCUACACAGCCAACGUUGACUACCUUCUCGAGGGCGAGGGAGAAAUGAGCAAGAAGCCGCCGCCGAGCACGAGGCUCAUGGAGCACAUCACCAUGGAUCCCGCCGAAGAAGAGUACUGGAACACGUCGGAUCCCGAAGACGAAGACGAUGAACACCACGGCGAAGGCGUCGAAAAGGCGUCGUCAACCAACGGGUCUACCACGUCAUCGAGACCAUUGGUUGACUAUCCCUCAGAUGAGGAUAGCGACGAGAACGCCAACCCAGAGGCCAAAACGAAAGCAAUGGACGAUAAGCCUGGGUCGGGGCCUGGAUCAGACGCAUCGGCGGACCAAGAAACCGGGGCUUCGCCUUUCGUGCCGCCGCCUCUGGAGCGGGUAUCCGAGAAGCGCCGACGGGAGGAGGACGAAGAAGACCAACUAGGGAAGUUGAUGCACAACAAACGCCGGAACAGCAGCUCGUCGGAAUCCAGCACAAGUGUCACGCCACGAACGGCAGCGCGACGCAGGAGUCUGACACCCAACUCGGGCAACGGCCCGCCCAAGAAGAUUUCCAUCAGUUUCUCCCCGACGGUCAAGACUGGGGUUGGAGACGGGCCUGACGAGGAGUCUUGA